UCGACGUGACGUCACCAAACCGAGCGCUUUGAUCGGGCACAGCACAACAACCAGGAAGAGGUGGAAAGAGCAGCCUAGUCUUGUAAUAUGUAUCUAUCGACUUUGCUAGUUUUGUCACUGUCGGCUCUGGUGCCGGUGUCUGCGUCCUCGGAUCAAACAAAGACUGUGGAGUUUAACGUGAAACCAGGCGGAGACGUGCACACAUUCGCCCAGCGCAUCAGGGGAUAUGAGUGCUCCUUCACCUAUGCUUCUCAAGGAGGGACCAAUGAGCAAUGGCUGAUGAGCGUAGGCCUCAGUGAUGAUGACAGGUUCUUUUCAUGCUCGAUCUGGAGGCCUCUGGGAAAAUCCUACCUGUUCUUCACUCAGUUCAAAGCAGAGCUUACGGGAGCCAAACUUGAAUAUGCCCACGCUUAUUCGGCGGCGGCAGCAGCAGGGCAGAGCGACGUCGCUCUGAAGGAAGAGGAGUUCACAGUCAGAGACUCUACAGUCACAGGCACGGUGGGGAAGUUCAACGCUCAACUCUCCAAGCUGGUACUCAUCGGACGGACGCGGCACGACGAGCUCAUCGAGAGCAACACUGGCAUCAAUCAGCUAAACUAAUCAAGCUUCCCUGGAUGUCAACACCUUGGGUCCAGCUCGUGUCACCAGAUGGUUACUUCACGUUCCUACGGCUAACUCUCCUGGGACUCCAGUCUCUCAUGUAUUUCCCUGAAUCUUUGUAAAUUGUGUGCGUGCUUGAGUUCCUUUUCAGCUGUCUCCUUAGUUUCAUUCUCCUCGCUGUUUCUCGUCUUAGAUCGUGCGUGUGUUUUAUUGGGCCUUGUGAGUUAAUUUCAGAAUGAGUUAAUUUUCGUUGUCCCCCUUAGUCUGCCUUGAGUUAAGUAUUCGCCUGUUUACUGUUCUAAGUUUUGACCCUCUCCCUACGUGUUUUGUGUUCCUCGCUCCACUUCUGGUGUCGACGCCCUUGGUUUCUCCGUUCCCGUCUGUUAAUUUAACCUCGCUCUCCCGAGUCUUCUGUCAGCCAACAACAACACAGCAACUGGGUCUGACUCCACAGACAGCCUCAGGUUCGCAUUAUACUUUCUUCCUUACCCAUGUACUGUAUUUUCUGGAUGAUAAGUCACACCUUUUGCCCCUAGUUUGGCUGGUCCUGCAACAUAUACAGCACACAUUUAUGGCUUCUGCACGUAGAAUUUCACGUUCUUAUGCAGAACUAAGGUUUCCACUUGAGAGAAGUCACAGAUGAGUGAAACUCAUUUACUUUUCACGAUUUAAAUCUAGAAUUUUUACACUCAUCAGUGCAAUAAAUUCUGAAAUCGCUGCCUUUGUUGCAUUGUUUCUCAGUCAGCUCACUUAUAGACUGACUGUAUUCCGUUCCAUGUUCAAGUCGGCAGCAAUGAAAAUGCAGGAGGAUAUGUGUUGCAAAAUUUCCUCCAAUAAUACGAGCAUUAGUCCAGUGUGACUUCCUUAUGAUUUUUUUAAUCUUCUAUCAUUUUUCAUCAUUGACUACUGUGUGUUGUACUUCACAGCCAAAAACAGUAUGAAUGAGACCGGUGGUCAGCAAACUUUUUGAAUCUGCACGGUACUACGAAAGCACUGAGAGACCCGAAGUGCAACUAUCAGUGAAGUAAGAACUGAAAGUACAUUGAUCUGAGACUCUGUUCAUGUUAUCGGUUCUUUACAACAGUUCACAAUGAUUGAAUAAGAUCAGAAACAUAAAAUUAUUAGAUGGUUCUUAAAAAGAAUACAUGAACAGGCUUUCAGGCUAGUCUCGUGUCAUCUGCGGGUGACCCUUUGACCCCUGUUGGUGACCCCAAUCUGGACUCUGUUAUGGUGAGUUCAAACUGAAGUUGUAUGAAUCAUUGAAAACUGUAGGAAGGUGAAAGGAAAAUAUUCAGAUGAGUAUAUUUAGAUGGGUAGCUUUUACUGUGUCACAAGGCAAUGAGUUGGAAAUAUCUGGAAAUAAGCCUUAUUCCAAAAGUCAAAAACCCCUUUUCACAGAUUCACAGGCAGCAAACUCUGAAGCAUAUCAAUCUUACCAUACUUGAAAGUCAAUUUCACCUAAACAGGGCAUCUUUUGUGGCCAUAUUUAAAGCAGAUGAAACCGUUUCUGAGCUCUGGAAUCCGAACCAGACACAAGAAAGGAUGUUUUGAAUCAGAACCACCAUUGACUCAACCUAAGCAUAUUGAGCAUGUGCCAAACUCCAUCCCUGUGCAGACAGACCUGCCCGCAGUGGUCAGCUUCCACUACAUCAGUCCUUCUCAAAUAGUGGGGCAGGUCCCCCUGGGGUGGCGUGGAGCAAUGCCAGUGGGGGCGCAUGUGACCUUGGAACAUGCUUUUUUUCAGUACUUGGGUAAAGUGUAAUUGCACAAGUUGAUCUAUAUCACCUUCUUUAUUCUUUUCAGUAAUGUUAAGAAGGAUAGAAUGUUAUGCAGUGGUGUACCUAUGAUAAUUUUAUAGACAAAUGAUACUAUUUACAGUGGUGGCACAUUGUUGGGAAAAUAAAAGAGAAGCACUGCACUCCAUGGAAAGAAUAGACAUGAUCAAGAACAAAGUGGACGGGAUGAAUCAAUUGCCGCUGAAGGUCAAUUCCGACUGAAAAAUUAUCCAACUUUUCUUAAAAAAGUUAAAGCUGUUAUUGAUUGAAAAGUACCAGAAAAGUUCAAUGGAUUGGGGAAUGACCGGCCUGCUGCUAUCGACCACACCAGGCUGAGAGCACCCGACAUGAUUUGCAGCCGUGGCAGCCAAAAGGCCUGAAACACAAGAUCAUGUGCUCAUACUUUUAUGAUGUAAUGGUAUAGGUCACGAUGUAAGUUGGCCUGCAGAGGUUUUACUUCUCACCUUUUUGGAGAAACUUGAAGCACUCGUGCCUCACGAAGCCUCUCAGCUGCCACUUCUUCAUGAGUUAUUUGCCUCUAAUACAGUCCAGAGACUAAUUGCUGCCAACACUCUCACGGUGUUUUACAAGCUCUCACCUUUUGCAUUAGCACAACCUGAUGUGUGAAGAUUACCUGGCAUCAAGACAAAACGCUUCACUUGCACUUCCCUCUGGUUAUUUUUCUCCUCAGCACUUAUUAUAACCAGAUUUAUCGUCUCUUCCUGCUUCGUCUCCUGACUGUGUUUUGCUCACUCGUGCCGUGAAAGCAGCGACUAAAUGAAGAAGCGUCGUCGAGACGACUUCACGCAGCUCCGCCUUCCUUACUUAUUUAAGAAGUUGCAGCUGAAUAACAAAGUGUGGCUUUGAAAUGAAUCGUCUUCCUGUAGUUCUUCGGGUUGAUUUACCAGCCUCAGCUCGGGUUUAUC